CAUAUCUUACCGAUAGAGAGCAAUACGUGAGCGUAAACAACUGCAAGUCCUCUCACCUCAAACUUAACUACAGAGUACCACAGAUUGAUUGGGCUACUAAUAAGGGGCUUAAAUUAAAUGCUAGCAAAACUAAAUAUCACAAUGCUGGCAAGCAUUACCGUUGCCAUUAUAUUCACAAUACUAUUUACCCCAUAUACUAUUAUAUCCCCUUUAUUGUUUUUCAGGCAUUAAGACUUAUCUAAAGUAGUUCAGCAGGUGCAUUUAAAAAAGGAAAAAGGAAAAUGAUAUAAAAUUAACGAUUUAAUGUUAGGAAGGUAAAUUUAAUUCCCUGCAGGGACUUAUUAUAAUAUUUAUAGGGCGAGUGUAAUUUCUAAUUAAAGCCCAUUUCAGAAGUAGGCAGAUUGAACAUUGCAAGUGCAGAGAUGAAGAACCAGCUCGGAUCAUACCCUCCUCCAAAUCUCAUCGAUGGAAAUCUACAAAAUUUCGCACACACAUUAGGAGCUGAAGACGGUAUGUGGAUACGCAUAAAUCUAGAACAGUGCUCUCUUGUCACUAAAGUGACCGUCUACAACAGGCACAAUUGCUGUACAGAAAGGAUUAUUGGAGCUUCAAUCUUCAUAAAGGCAGGAAAUAGUUAUGUUAAAGAUUGUGGUAAGAUCAGCAGUUCAAAAACUUCAUACACUUUUAACUGUGAAGGAACCGGAAAUGUAAUUGAGAUAAGUCAGGAGAAAAAAGUCGGUCCAUGGAAUCUAGCAGAAAUUCAAGUAUACGGCACUUCUUCUGACUCUCUUUGUACAGAUAAACCAGUUCUUAUUGCCGCAAGAUCGGGCGGGAUAUACGAUAUGGCGUCACUUCAACCAGGAAACCAGAUUACCGCUUGGGGAGUAUACCAGGAUGGUACUUCAAAAUUUAGUGUGAAUAUUGUCGCGGUACCGGAUCGGAACAUCAACCUGCUUCAUGUGGACUUUAGAUUUGGCGUACUUGUGAUGAACUGCAAAUAUGGAAAUUGGGGAAGGGAGAAGAGAGUGAAUUACAACAACAAAAGAUUUGAAGCAGGCAAAGAGUUCAAAGUUACGAUUAAAGUCUCAGCUGAUGAAUAUCAAGUCUACCUCGACGAUGAAGAAAUUGGGAGAUACCCUGCGCAAAGAUUAAACCUAGCUAACGCUGUUCAGCUAGUGGGCGGCAGCAGAGGCUUCAAGUGGACCAAACUUGGCUUACCUUCGAACUAAGUUAAGUUCAGAAGCGGGUUUGAAGACGGUAGACGGCGUUGUAAGAUAAAGUUCAACACCAGCUGUUUCCUGCAGACGCUUACUGCGUUCUUCUUAUCAGCCGGGGCUUCAUACUCAACAAAUAUGUUGUUUAUUAUAGUCAGUUAUGGUAAAAAUCAGGUCAAAACCUGCAUCAUAGUAGAGGGCUGAAAAAUUUUUUGUGGGCUCUCAAAGGUCUUUCAAACCGAAAAAAAUUCGGAGCCUUAAAAUUCAGACUGGGAAAAUCACCCAUUUGGCCACGCCCAUUCUUGGUACCAAAAUGU